GAUGACUAAGUGCCAUCUCAUCGGGCUGGCUUCCUGUUCCUCCGCACAAUUAACUCUGGAUCGCCCACCGCCACCGACUUCUCGAUUCCUCCUUCCUCGAUGACGACCAGCGUCCCCUUGGGAUCCCAAUCCAACUCCCGGUGAUGGACGGCAGCGGAUCUACCAAAUUCGACGUCGAGAGGCUUGGGUUGAUCGAAUUAUCGUUCUUGUCGGUGGCCGUUGUUUUUGUACCCCGAUCGCCGUCGGCGGAGGCGAGGCGAUGAGGAGGGUGCCGGAGGGCCAAAGGGAGCGGUUUUACUUCACGCGUAAGUACUUCGAUCUGACCCCGUUCUCAAAAGUCGUGUUUUUUUUCUUCGAUCGAUGCGGAAUCUUCGUCCCUGGUCCUGCUCCGAUCGAAAUUAAAUGCAAAAUGUUGGAUCUUGAUGCGUCGGUAUGGGCGGCGAUCUUCGGAUGUGGGUUUGGAAGCGUUGAAGGACGCGCCUUUAAUGGCCGAGGCGAGCGUUUUGGAGCUGGAAAGGUGAAACCCCAACGCCCGUCGCCGUAUUUCUAGGUCGAGGACGAGCAAAAGUUAUGCUAUAACUGCGAAUUAACAUUCCGCAGGAGACUGAGAGGCAUUUGUUGGGUGGGUGGCGAUGGCAACAUCGCCUCCCCCGAACGAUCGCUUUCAGUAGCUCUGUGCGGGCUAGACACCAGGCUGUACGCUUCUUUCUCCGCGGCUGCGAUACAAAAAAAAAAGUGUCAUUAUUGCUGCCGAGAAAGAGAACGGAACGCCAAGCCGCCAACGGGCCAAGCUUGUAGCUUUACUGACACACCUAAACGCAGAGGACUAAGGAAAAAAAAAACACAGUUUUGGGUCUCAUGUUCUAUUCCCUUACCCCCUCCUCUCUUCUCAUGCUACCCUCUGUUGCUUUGUGAAAGAGAGUUUUGGGAAGGCGUGCCCACCGCCGCCCGUGUAUAAGGCUCGUGCGGGCUCCAGUCCAGGCUACUAUUUCGGCUUGGAGUGCGGCUACCUAGAGGCUACUCCAUUUUUUUUUUUAGGUUUUUGGUUUGCUUUCCUUGCAUCAAAGUGGGUUCCAUAGAGUUGUGUCGUCCUUUGUAGCAUAGACGUCGAUCCAUCACCCCAUGCUUUGGACUGGGAGCGAGGUUUGGGUGAGUAUUCCUGGACUUCUCCUUCGAAGCCGCUGUGCGACGCGCGCGCCAUUUAAUCCGCGAAUUGCGCGUUCGCUGUUGAAUUGAAGUUAACUAUUGCAGCUACAACAGUGAUGCUCAAUUGCCUUGUGGAAUUGAAGUUUCUUCAAAAUACAAGGAAGAACUUCCUAAAUGGUAACCAAUUCUGAUUGAAAUGAUGAGCUUUGAUGAAGGGGAAGAAAUUUUUUUUGAUGCAAACGAUGAGAUCACUAAUUCCAUUCGUUCCUCGACAUCUGAUAACUCUCCUGCUACAAGUCAGCAAUUGUUGCGGAGCCUUAAUUGUGAUCUAUGGACAAGGGAGCCUAUGAGUGUUCAAGAUAGGCGAAGAAGAUUCUUUAGAGGAAUUGGGUUUGAUGAGCUUGUGCCAUCUUCUGUAGGCUGUUCCAUUUCUACUGAAGUACCAACUUUUGUGUCAACAGAAGAGCAACUGUAUUCGGAAAGAAUUACAAAUACAAUGGGCGAAGAUUCAACCCCAUUACCAUCUCCUGAUGUGAGCACAUCAGAGGAUUCUUUCCACUACAUUAGGGAUCUGGACACUGGUAGAAAAUUCAUGGUCCAUGAUUUUGGGAAAGAUGGUGUACCCAGUAUGUUCAAAGAAGUUGGCUCAGACAACCUGAUGACACUGCAUGAUUUUGAAAAUGCUCUCGGUAUGUCAUCCUCUGUUCAGAGAUACUUUCGAAAAGAAUUAGUCCCUUGUGGGGAAGUAACUACUUGCACAAAUGAUGCAAAGAAGAUAAAAUAUUUGAAGUGGUGGAGAAGUCUAACAAAAAGGAAGCAACAAUCUUCAGAAUCAAACAAGUAUUAUUAUGUUUCAGUUAAAAAGCCCAAAAUAUCUAAGUCGGUGAGGACAAAAGUUUAUCAGUACAAGAAAAAUUUUAUGGAAUUCACGGCACUCUACCUGGGUCAAGAAAUUCAGGCACACGAGGGUAUGAUAACAACCAUGAAAUUUUCACCAGAUGGAAGGUAUCUUGCAACCGGCGGUGAAGAUUGUGUUGUACAUAUUUGGCAGAUUGUUCAAGUGGAAAGUUCUUGCAGAUUUAACAGUGCAGAUGAAUCUCUAUUCUCACCGAAAUUAGUGGAUAAAAUUAAAGGCAUUUAUAUGUUUGCAGGAAGAGGCCAUAAUUCGGCUCCUGUUCUCAUUCCAAAAAAAUUCUUUAAAAUUGAGGAAACCCCAUUACAUGAAUUGAAAGGACACACAAGUGAUAUCUUGGAUCUAUCUUGGUCGCAAACUGAUUGCCUACUGACAUCCUCCAAAGAUAAAACUGUUCGUCUGUGGAAAGUAGGCUCCUCUGAAUGCCUUAAAAUUUUCCAACACAAUGAUUAUGUGACAUGCAUUCAGUUCAACCCUAUUCAAGAAAAUAUUUUCAUUAGUGGUUCGAUUGAUGGCAAAGUUCGUAUUUGGGAAAUUCUAGACAACCGUGUGAUUGAUUGGGUGGAUUUAAGGGACAUGGUAACUGCUGUAUGUUACCAGCCAGAUGGAGAGGGUUUUAUAGUUGGUUCAAUCAAAGGGAACUGCCGCCUUUAUGAUUGUUCAGUUAAACCAAGCCAACUUGCAUUGCAAUUGUGCCUUUUUGGUAAAAAGAAAUCUUCUGGCAAGCGGAUCACUGGGUUCCAGUUUGCUCCUGGAGAUUCUAAAAGAAUUAUGAUCACAACAGCAGACUCGUUAAUUCGCAUCUGCGAUGGGACUGAUGUCGUUCAAAAAUUUAAAGGUCCCCGGAAGUCCAAAUGCCACUUAUCUGCAUCAUUCUCUUCCGAUGGAAGGCAUAUUGUAUCAGUCGGUGAGGACUCAAACAUCUACAUCUGGAGUUAUGAGAAAUUGGAGAAACAACAACCCGCAGGUGCCGCCAAGUUAGUCUAUUCGUCAGAGUUCUUCCAUUCCGAAGGAGUAUCCAUUGCAUUGCCAUGGCCUGGCAUGGUCGAUGGAGAAACAAUAGCAAGUAACGGUAUUCAGAUUCCUACCCAGCAGCACCGCAGAGCAACAUCAGAAUCCUUCCCUUGGCCUAAGAAUCCAGACUGCAUCUCUCUGGGUGCCUGGCUGUUUUCUGAUGGUUCAUCAAGAUCGUCUGCCACAUGGCCGGAGGAGAAACUUUCUUGCCAGACCAAGCUACCGUUGCAACAACCCGAAGAUUGCCGCGAACCCCACCCGCCACUCCAUCCAGAUUGUUGGAGCCUCGCACCGACAGAGGAAGCGGGCGCAUGGAGUUCAGUAAUUGUAACAGCAGGAAAUGAUGGGGCAAUCAGGUGCUUCCACAAUUUUGGAUUGCCCGUCAGGCUGUGAAUUGAUCAUUGACAUUGUACGACUGUGAAUAACUCGAAGAGAGACAUUUGAGGCAAGAACAGCCUGAUUGUUAGAGAUCAACAAAGUAUGUUUCGAUCGAGACAUGUAUUUUUGGGUGAUACAAGGCAGAUAAGAGGAUGAUGAGGUUCGCUGUACUGUUUCCUUGAAAGAGUAAAAUGAUCAAAAUAUAACAGUCAUCAUUGUGUUUUUUGUUUUUUGUUUUUUUUUGUUUUUAACUCUAGGGAAGAAGAAAGGGGUGUUGAGGGUGCCAAUGUAUAGCAGAAGGCAAUGAAGUAUAACACAAUAUCCUUUCAGUUCGUCAUUGCUAUUGCUGGUAACAAUGACAGUGAAUUUGGACACCAUUUGACUUCA